AUGGAUCGUGAAUGGGUAAAGAACCCGAAUAGGGUAUCUCCUCAGUAUGUGGCAGGGAUAGAAGAAUUUAUAACUGUUGCAAAAGAGAGUUUGAAUUCUGCAGGGUUAACUCUAUGCCCAUGCUCAAUCUGUGCUAAUAGGAGGUUGCAAAGCAUAGAUGUCAUUAGAGCUCAUUUGAUUAGAAAGGGAAUUGAUGACUCAUACACACGAUGGGUGUACCAUGGUGAGAAAGAACCUGAGGAGGAAGAAUCCGAGGAGGAAGAAGGUGUGGGUAACGAGGAAUUCUUUAAUGAGCAAUUUGAUGAAUUGGGAGAAGGAUUGCACGAUGCGGUUGGUGUUGACCUUUUUAAUAUUGGGCCUACGAGUGACUUUGUUGGAAAUGAACGACCAGCUAUUAAAGAAGCCCGUUAUGAGAAGCUAUAUGAAGCUUUAAAUAAUCCUGUAUAUAAUGGAUGUGAAAAUUUCUCUGCUUUAACAUUUGUUGUGAAGCUGAUGAACUUAAAAGUGAUGAACAAGUGGAGUGAUAAUUCUUUUGAGAUGCUGUUGAAGCUAAUCCAUGAGGUGCUCCCAAAGGGUAAUAAUUGUCCAGAGAACUAUUAUGACACUAGAAGAUUGCUUUGUGACGUCGGUUUGGGUUAUGAGCAUAUUGAUGUUUGUCUAUAUGAUUGUGCUCUCUUUUAUGGUAAACAUAGUAAUGCUACAAUAUGUCCUGUCUGUAAAUAUAGUCGCUAUGUUCGUAACAAGAUUCCGCAUAAGAGGCUGCGAUACUUCCCUAUCACGCCUCGUCUGAAGCGGUUAUAUAGCUCACGACACACAGCUAGAGACAUGCGUUGGCAUAAAGAAAUUCGUGCGGAAGAGCCUGGAGUGUUGCGUCAUCCUGCUGAUGGGAAGGCUUGGAAGCACUUUGAUGAGUUGUACCCUGACUUUGCUGCUGAUUCAAGGAAUGUACGAUUGGGGUUAGCUUCAGAUGGGUUCAAUCCAUUUAGCAAUAUGUCAACAACACAUAGUAUAUGGCCAGUCAUUUUGAUGCCUUAUAACAUGCCGCCUUGGCGUUCAAUGCAUAAGAGCAACUACCUCUUAACGUUGUUGAUUCCAGGACCAAAGUCCCCUGGUAAGGACUUUGAUGUAUUUUUAAGACCGCUUGUGGAUGAACUUAAAGUUUUAUGGUGUAACGGAGUUCAAGCAUACGAUGAAUACUCACAAUCAAGUUUCACUCUUCGUGCAACAGUUAUGUGGACAAUUAGCGACUUCCCUGCUUAUGCUUACUUGUCUGGGUGGAGCACUAUGGGUAAAUUGGCAUGUCCGAUAUGCCUUGAGGAUACUCGUUCCAGACGAAUUCGGGGAAAACAAUGUUAUACAGGACAUAGAUGCUUCUUAAGUAAAACACACCCGUGGCGAAGGAGUACAGAGUAUGACGGAAAACCAGAAAAAAGGGGACCACCUCGUCAGUUUUCCGGUGAUGAUAUUUUGUUGCAGUUAGAAGAGGUACCUAUAUGCACCCCUGGUAAAGCACCUAAUAAUGAUGAUAGAAAACGUAAACGUGGUGUUGAUGAGUUGAAUUGGUCAAAAAAGAGUAUAUUGUUUGAACUACCAUAUUGGUCAAAGCUAUUGAUGCGUCAUAAUCUUGAUGUCAUGCAUAUUGAAAAAAAUGUUUGUGAUAAUAUCGUUGGGACCUUGUUGAAUGAUCCCAUGAAAUCGAAGGAUACUGUGAAGGCACGUUUAGACUUGGAAGAUCUUAACAUUCGUAAAGAAUUAUGGUUAAAGGAGCGGAAUGGAAAAUUUGAGAAACCUCAUGCAAAUUACACGUUGAGUAAAUCAGAUUGUGAGGGGUUUUGUGACUUUAUCAAGUCAGUUCGCUUACCGGAUGGGUAUGCUUCAAACAUCAGUCGUUGUGUGACAGACUCUCAUACACUUGGAGGGAUGAAAACACAUGAUUGUCAUGUAUUGCUCCAAAAAAUACUACCAGUGGCCAUUCUCCCAUACUUAGACAAGAAAAUACGAGCCACACUGAUUGAGUUUUGCCAAUUCUUUCAAAAAUUAAGUGCCAAGACUCUAUAUGUCAACGAACUUGAGAAUAUGAAGACAGGGAUUGUUAUCAUACUAUGUAAACUUGAAAAGAUAUUUCCUUUGUCAUUCUUUACAAUCAUGGUUCACUUAUGUGUGCAUUUACCUGAACAAGCAUUGUGGGGUGGACCAGUCAGUCCGAGAUGGAUGUUUGGCAUUGAACGUCGCAUGGGUACAUACAAGGGAUACGUUCGUAACUUUGCACACCCUGAUGGUUCCAUUACUGAAGCAUAUGUUGUUGAUGAGGCUGUGACAUUUUUAUCUCGAUAUUUGCAUAAUAUUGAGACAAGAUUCACACGUCUAGAACGUAAUUGGGAUGUACCUAGUACACAACAUAAGAUGGAGUUAUUCAACAAUAAGAUUCGUACGAUGGGGGCCUCUAAAUUUGGUAAGCUAGGGGUUUAUGACCAUGUGGUGCAAUGGUACCUUUUGAAUAACUGCGGAGAUGAACUUGAUGGUUACAUAAAUGAGCAUAAAGAAGUAUUGCGUUUGAGAAAUGUGCGGGAAGAAGAUUUCGAAGCCGUACAAAAACAUGAAUUUCCUUCUUGGUUCAAGAACAAGAUGGCUAAUCUUAGAGUCAAUGGCGAUCCUAAAGCAACUGAUGAUUUGUACUCAUUGUCACAAUAUGCGGAUGAUCGUUACACAAUUUGGCAUAGUUGCAUUGUCAAUGGCGUUAGAUUUCGCUGCAAAGAACGUGAUGACAAGUUCAAGACACAAUGUAGUGGAGUUUGUACAGAGGGUGAUUAUGAGAGUAGUGAUUUCACAUAUUAUGGUGUUCUACUUGAAAUUUUAGAAUUGGAUUUCAUCUAUCAACGUACGGUAUUCAUGUUUCGUUGCAAGUGGUACAAUACUGAUCCGAAAGGAAAAAGAAUAGUGGUUAAUAAUAAUUUGACAUCACUUGACAUUAUAUCUAAUUGGUAUGCUGAAGAUCCAUUUAUUUUGGCCACACAAGCUCAACAAGUUUUUUAUCUAAAUGAUCGGAGUCGGGGAAAGAAUUGGAUGGUUGUACAAAAGGUAAAUCAUAGGAACAUAUAUGAUAUAAUUGAGCAUGAUGAUGAUGAAGAGAGGGUGAACGAUGAUAUCUUUCAAGAGGAAGAAUCUAGUGAGUUACCGUAUUUUCAGCCAACGGAAGAGAUAGUCGACACGUCUUUAUUGGUUCGGCAAAAUGAAGAACCAAUAAGUUUGCCUCAUGAGUUGGUGGUUAAAUUACGUAGUGAACAAGCAUUUCUUAAUGAUCGAGAACAUAACUUGGAAGAUAUUGAGGAUUAUGAUGACGACGGUAGAUUUUUUAUUACCGAUGAAGUAACUUUAGACUCUGAGACUGAUGACGACUCUGAUGACCCAAAUCUUGAUGACGAUGAUGAUGAUAAUGAUGAUGCAUGA